UUCCUCCUAAGGUCACGUGACUUUUCGAGCGCUCCGGAAUGGCUCCGGCCUGACAAUUUAAUAGAAGAAACUCGGAAGCUCUCCAACACUCUAAAUAUAUGGGAAUUUGGCUCAAUCUUGCAAUUAUUUACAAAACAUGAAGACAAGGAACCAAUAGAGCGCCGUUAUUUAGUUUUAGGAGACUAUUUUGGAUCAAUUCCAUCUCAAGAUAGUGCAACUUGUCAGCGAGAAGCCGACAUUAUAAAAGAGAUUUUCCCACAAAUCGACAGAGGAUAUAUUGUAAAGUUAUUAGAAAUUAUAGGCAAUGAAGAAAAUCGCAUUCGAAUUAUUAUAAAACUUCUACUUAGAAGGGUAAAUAAAAUUCGCAAGCGAGCCAAUAAUGAUAUGGACUCUGUCAGUCAAUCGCCGACAAAAAAAGUUAAAUUAAAUGACGAACUUGAUGUUUCGUAUUCUACUGCUGGUGAACCUUCUACCUCUAAAGUGCAAACUACCUUACCCCGCCACAAUGUGCUUGAUAUAAACCAGCCGUCUACUUCUAAGGCACCUGAAGUUCCACUGCUAUGUGAUUGGCUUGGUACAAAUCAGCCUUCCACAUCUAAAUCACGAGAGAAUUCAACAGUGGUUAAAAUAGAUGAUGCUAAAUUGCCCGAAUUAUCAGUGGUUGAUGAAGUCUCGCAUUUGUUUCAGCUUCCUACAGCCACUAACAGAGAUAAAGUUGCUGAGUGGUUAGAUAUUGUUGACGCACCUCCAGCGGUAGAAUCAAGUCAACCUAAAGAAGACGUUACGCCAUUCCAUCUGCAUAAACAUAUUCAGGAGAUGUUUUCAAAUAUUUCCAUAAAAUAUAUAAGGACUCUAUGUAAAAGACUAAACCUAAAUAAGCACGAGCGACCUCCUGAAGAAGUGAUGGAUUUCAUAAUCUCAACAUUGGUAAACAAUACUUUGUACGAUGGAGAUGAAGAUGAAGAUGAGGAAGAUGAAGAUGAAGAUGAGGAAGUUGAAAUAACGAAUGUGACAACCCAGGAACCUACAAAAUCCAAGUAAGUCCUAAGAUAUCAA